UACCGCGAACAGAACCCGUGGCAUGAUCAGCCCAAGGACAGGCCGCUGUUUAGCCUGGGCGAGCCGCUGCCUCGGAUUGCGUCUCAACGAAAACACAACCAGGAGAAGACCCAAGGUGAACUAGACUCGGAGGGUUCAGACGAGACGCUCUCGGAGCCGCCGCAGAAGACGACAACCCAAUCGCAAAGACGCCAGCUGGGCGAGCAGGACGAGGGGACCGACAUGGCACGACGGUUCCAGAUUGACGCCGACACAGUGGGUGGCCAGCGAGAAGGCGACGCCGUGGAGGACGGGCGCGUGGACCCGAAUGCGAUGCGCAACAAGUGGGCUCGGAUCCGCGCCAAGUACCCAGAGCCGCUCGCAGAGUUCCUCUGCACGGCGAUGAGCGUGUUCCUGGGCCUCACGGGCACGCUGAGCGUCAACCUGUCGCAGAACCAGUCGCAGCAGUACGGGUCGUACGAGACGGCGUGCUGGGCGUGGGGGCUGGCGUUCAUGUUUGGCAUCUACCUGGGCGGCGGCGUGUCGGGCGCGCACAUGAACCCGGCCAUCUCCAUCUCGCUGUCCGUCUUCCGGGGUUUUCCCUGGCGGCGCUGCUGUCUCUACAUUGCAGUCCAGACCGUCGCGGCGUUGGCCGGUGGCGCGCUCGCGUACGCGCUCUACGCCGACGCCAUCCGCAACGUCGACCCGGCCCUGACCGAGACGUACACGAGCUUCUUCACCGUGCCGAAGCCGUGGGUCUCGCCGGCCACGGCCUUCUUCACCGAGUUUCUGUGCGGCGCCGUCAUCAUGAUCGCGGUGCUGUCGCUCGGCGACGACCAGAACAACCCGCCCGGCGCGGGCAUGCACGCCUUCAUCCUCGGCCUGCUGGUGACGGUGCUCAAGAUGACGCUGGGGUAUAACACGGGCGCGGCCCUCAGCCCGGCGUCGGACCUGGGCCCGCGGCUGGUGGCGUAUGCUGCUGGGUACAGGAUCGAGGCGCUGUGGGCGAGCGGCUGGUGGUUCUAUGGGCCCUGGGCGGGCACUGUGUCCGGGGCCGUUAUUGGGUGCUGUCUGUAUGAUGCGGUGGUGUUUGUGGGGAGUGAGUCGCCUAUCAACUAUCGGUGGUCAGAGGAGAAGCAUGUCUGG